GCACCGUUUCAGCCCUCAAGCCUCGGCGCAAAAGCAGAGCAGGACCUGAUCAUGUCGUCUUCUUCUUCCUCCAAGAAGCUCCAUGUCUACGGCGGCAAGGCCUCCUUCAUGACCUGGAGGCUGCAUGACGUCCUCUACGUGGCCAAGCACCAUUGGAUACCCUGUGUCUUCGCAAUGGGCCUCCUCUUCUUCGGGAGCGUCGAGUUCACGCUCGGAAUGGUUCCCUCGUCGUCUCCGCCCUUUGAUGUCGGCUUCGACACCACGCGCUCCCUCCACCUCCUCCUGGCUUCCAAGCCCAAGCUCAAUACAUUUCUCGCUGGUUUUAACACGGUGUUUGUGGGAAUGCAGAUAACAUAUAUUCUAUGGACAUGGCUAGUAGAGGGCCGCCCAAGAGCCACAAUCUCAGCGCUCUUCAUGUCCACAUGCCGGGGCAUCCUCGGCUACUCUACCCAACUUCCAUUGCCUCAGGGAUUUUUGGGGUCAGGCGCAGACUUCCCAGUUGGCAAUGUGUCGUUUUUUCUUUUCUUCUCAGGGCAUGUAGCAGGGUGUGCGAUUGCAUCUUUGGACAUGAGGAGAAUGCAGAGAUGGGAAAUGGCAUGGACAUUUGAUGCACUGAAUGUGUUACAAGCACUGAGGUUGCUGGGAACAAGGGGCCACUACACAAUAGACUUGGCUGUGGGGGUUGGGGCUGGUUUUCUCUUUGAUUCUCUGGCAGGCAAGUAUGAAGAAAGCAAGAGAUCAAAAGCACCUACACCAAAUGGUACCAAAGAGGCUUUCUUUCUGUGAACACAUGGAAACGUCAAAUCUAUUGGCGAGUCCUUAUUUAAUUAGG